GUAUGCGUGUUAAUAGUCGAAUUGGCCUUGUCAUUUGCGAGGCAUUAGCAGGCUAAUGAAGGCCAUUUGCUGUGGAUGGACGGCACUCGUAGCUGAGUGACUUCGAGUCAGUUGUGUUGGCGUUGCAGGUGCAACACAGGUGUCAUGGCAUUUCUGCGCUCAUUCCGCAUCAGCAAUCGAUACAUACGCUUCUCCGCCUUGGUGCUGCUGCGCUUCUAUCUGGCGCAGUUCUACUUCUUGGGCCUGCUGCGGCUGCGCUACAAGCGGAUGGGCAACGCGGUCCACCUGACCCCCUACAGCGUGACGAUCUCGCGGCUGCUGGCGCUGCCCUUCGCCUACUUCCUCAGCUUGGCGGCGCUCAGUCCGUACGCCUCGCUGCUGUACAUGCAGCCGUAUCUGUUUCUCUGCUACUUCCUGUGGCAGCCGCGGCGCGUGCACGAGCAGCGCGUGCGCGUGAUCAACGGCUUCUUGCGUCUGGCGCCGGCGCUCUACCGGCUGAGCCGGCGCCAGUUGCAGGUGUCGUGGCUGCUGGUGGUCCAGCUGGCCCUGAAGCUGCUCACAAUGAAGAUCUAUCUGUGGCUCUACUCCUCGCACACGGACGGCCUGCAGAAGUUCGUCUUUCUCGUGAGCUUCGUCCUGCCCGGCAGCCUGUCCGUCUGGUGCCUGGACAUGGCGGCGCAUCUGAUCAACAUCUGCUUGUACCUGCUGCUCGCUUCCUUCGAGCAGCUGAACGCGGAGCUGCGCCAGCAGCUGGAGCAGCUGCACAUGAAGACGCUGCAUGCGGACUAUGGAGCCGUGAAGCGCCUGCAGCGGCGUCUGCGCUACAUACAGCGCCUCUAUGUGGCCUAUGCGCGCCUCACGCAGCAGCUGCUGGACACCUUGGCGCCGCAGCUGCUGCAGAUCGUCGUCUACAAUCUGACGAUGAUCUUUGCCCUGUCGUUCGCCCACUGGCGUCGCCUGCUGGACAUACUGAUGCUGGCGAACGGCCUGCGCCUGCUGUUCCAAACGCUGGACGCGCUCCUCGUGGCCACCAGCUCGCCGCAGGACACCACGUGGACGCAUCUGGCACAGCUGCUGCAGCUCAACCAGGCGCUGGCCCUGCACGGCUGGCUGCAUCGGCACACGGCCGGCUACACGGCCGUUCACAUGGACAGCUCGGGGCAGAGCAUGCGGCGUGUCCUGCUGCAGCCACGCCUCCAGAUCCUGGGCCUCUUCACGCCCAAUCGCCGCUUCUUCUUUCGCCUGCUCUUCUGCUACUGCAGCUAUCUCUAUGUCAGCUACAUGUGGCACAAGCGACUGCCAGUUAGCAGGGGCGACAUACUCAACUUUCUCAUACUCUGAGAGACGCUUGGCAAAUGGUGAAAUCUGAAAUAUAUUUUAUGAUAUUUAUGUGUUAUAUAUAAGUC